UCGUUGUCCACCUUGUUUGCUUCGUAAUACGCUCAGAGAAUCUUUCAUUUCUAUCCACGGCUGGUUGUGGAGACCAUCAGCUUGAACUACAUAAAUAAUACGCUCUUCACAAACAACCAUGUCGCCCAAUGUUCAUGUUGACCGAGUCUCUGAAGGCGCUGAUUUCCAUUCGGUGGGAUCACGCGGAGUGGAUCACCCAUCUUCAUCUAUCACUUGCUCAGAGGGGAAGCCGGACAAGCCCUGCAGGGCUAUUCGAGCAAGCACGCCGUCGAAGUACCUAAGAAGAACAGGAUUGGUGCCAAACCGAGCACAUCUCAAAAUUGACGUUGGAUACAAAACCAGCAUCAUAUCGUCUUCCUCUUCAUCCACAACAUCACCCUCCUCGACAGCAAUUACCUCCAGCAUUGGUUGCAAAUUUUCGACCACUCAUCGAGACACUCCGACCUUACCAAGUCUAACUGAAUCCAAUUUAGCCCGAUUGAUGAAGCAACUCAAACUGUCUACCCACGCGUAUUCUUCCGAUUGCUCCUUUGAUUCUACCCCGCACACUGCGAUGGAAAUAUCAUAUUUUUCUGAUGGAUCCAGUACCCACUCCGGUUCAGCUUCCUAGUGAAACUCACUCGUCGUCUACAUUAAUCAACCAUGAACCAUCAUCCAA